AUGCACAUAAAGAGAAUUAUAAUUCAAGGCUUCAAGACGUAUAAAAAUACAACGGUAAUUGAUCUUGUAUCACCACAGCAUAACGUUGUGGUUGGACGAAAUGGGUCAGGGAAAUCUAAUUUCUUUGCUGCAAUUAGGUUUGUAUUAUCAGAUGCAUACACACAUAUGACUCGUGAAGAAAGACAGGGGCUUAUCCAUGAAGGUUCAGGAACUGUAAUGUCAGCAUAUGUUGAAAUUGUAUUCGACAACACAGAUCGUAGAUUCCCUAUUGCCAAAGAUGAGGUUUCUAUUAGAAGAACAAUAGGGUUGAAAAAGGAUGAUUAUUCGUUAGAUAAUAAAUCGGCAACAAGAUCAGAUAUAAUGAAUUUGUUGGAGAGUGCUGGAUUUUCCAGAUCAAACCCGUAUUACAUUGUGCCUCAAGGCCGUAUCACCGCAUUAACGAAUUCAAAGGAUUCUGAAAGACUAGCAUUACUAAAAGAGGUCAGUGGUGCUAAGGUAUUUGAAACCAAAUUGAAGGAGUCGAUGAAAGAAAUGAAUAAUUCCAAUUAUAAAAAGCAGAGAAUAGAUGAAACUUUACAUUCAGUCGACGAGAGAAUAUCAGAUUUACAAAUUGAAUCGAAAGAUUUGAAAGAAUUCCAAGGAUUGGAGAAAUCGAAAAAAAUAUUUGAAUUCAACUUGUUUGACAGAGAAUUGAAUGACUUAAAUACUCAAGUAGAAUCUAUUGAUGAGACGUAUAGUAAUUUGCUAUCUGAAUCCCAGCAAGAUCUAGAGGAAUUAGAUAAGCGGGAAAAGAUAUGUCAGCAACUUACCGAUUCUAUUAGUCAGUUGAAAAUUUCCUUGAAAGUUACUGGAUUGGACAAAGAUCAAACAGACUCAGAUUACAAUCACUUAUUGAAAGUUAUAGCGGAUAAAAAGGUUAAACUUGAUGAAUUACACUCGACUAUUAAUAUCCAAAAAGAAGAACAAACGAAUUAUCAUGAUUCAAUACAACACUACCAAAAUUUAAUCAAACAUCAUGAAGAUAAAAUUUCUCAUUUCACACCAAACUUACAGAAAUACCAGAAGAAGGAAUCGAAAAUCAAGAACAAGUUAUUUAAUUUGAUUACAAAACAGAGGGCGUUGUAUUCGAAGCAAAAUCGAUUUCUUAAAUUCACGUCCAAGGAAGAAAGAGAUAGGUGGUUAAAGGAACAGAUAUCAGAGACGUCCAAAGAGUUGGAAAUAAAAGAUGACAUAAUGAAUAAGUUGGAUUUCCAAGCUAAUUCUGAAAGAGAAGAAAUAUUUGAAUAUAACAAACGCAUUGAAGAGAUUAAUGAAUUUCUUAGCGAUGAUAAACAAGGCCAAAUUAUUGAAGAAUUGCAAGAGUCAAUGAACGACUUAAAGAUUAAGAUAACUGAAUUAACAGAUCAAAGAAAGUCGUUCUGGCGUGAUGAAAUAAGAUUGAAAAGUAUUCAAGACUCGCUCAAUCAUGAUUUGGAUAAUGCGAAUUACUUGGUUAACCAGACAAUGGAUAGAGCACAAUCACAAGGUCUCAGUUCUGUUAAUUCAAUCGUAAAAAAAUUGCAUUUAGAGGAUUCGGUUUAUGGACCAUUAGCAGACUUAUUUAGUGUUAGUGAUAAAUACAAAACUGCGGUGGAAGUUAUUGCAGGAAAUGCUUUAUUCCAUGUUGUUGUUGAUAACGAUAAAACGGCAUCCUUGAUCAUGGAUGAAUUGAAUAGGUCCAAAGCAGGUAGGGUUACAUUUAUGCCAUUGAAUAGGUUAAGCCCUAUAAAUAUUGAAUACCCAGAUGGGUCAGAACAUCAAUGUAUACCUCUAAUCAAGAAACUAAAAUUUAAUGAUGAGAAAGUUGGACGAGCUAUCAGACAGGUAUUUGCUAAAACAAUUGUAUGUAAUGACUUACAAAAAGGAUCAGAAUUGGCAAGAGCUUUCAAAGUGAAUGCAAUUACGUUGGAUGGUGACAGGGCGGAAACGAAGGGUGUAUUAAGUGGUGGUUACAGAGAUUAUAAAAAUUCACGUCUUGAUGCUUUAAAAACACAAGCCAAAAAGAGAAACGAGAUUUAUAAGACUGAACAAGAUUUGAAGAAAUGCGUUCAAGAUAUUGAAAACGUCAAUAGAGAACUCACGUCAUACAACAAUGAAUUGCAAUAUAAGGCUCGCGAGUUAGAUAAGAAAUUAUCUACGAAAGAACCUUUGAAAACAGAAUUGGCUCAAUUACAAAAUAAGAAGUAUAAUGCUGACCAAGAAUUAAACUCAUUGAUUACGAAUAUAGAAGCAGUCCGUACAAUCAGAGGUAAUUUGUCUACGAUUUUAAAUCAGCAUCACGAAGAACUAAAAUCAGAUUUCACUCAAUCUUUAUCUAGCAAUGAAACAAAUGAAUUGCAGAGUCUCAGUGCAAAGAUAUCCGAAUGCGAGAAUAAGUUGGAUAGAACUGUUACAAAAUUGUCUGACAUAGAAGCUAAGAUCUCUAAAUUCGGAUCAGAAUUAACAGAUAACUACAAACCGCAUCUUUUAAAAUUGAUUAAAGAUCGUGAAGCUCCUAAUUCUAAAUUAAUCAAAAACCAAGUCCACGAAUUAGAAAAGGAAUUGGAAUAUUUGACUAUUCAAUUAGAUACGGCAGAAUCCAAGAACCAAUCGGCAACAGAUGAAUUCAAUAAUGUCAGUGAUGAAAUAACGAAAAGUGAUUCGUUAUUGAAGAAGGCAAACGAUCAACAAAUCUUAAUAAUGAAAAAAUUGGAAAAAUUUUCUAAAACAACAGAGAAGAAUUUAUCGAAGAAAGCUAUUUUAGUUGCACGUCGUGAUGAAAUUCAAAGAAAAAUCCUGGAGUUGGGUGUUCUUCCGGAAGAAGCAUUCCAGCAGUCUAUCUAUGAUAAAUUCAAUUCUGAUCAGUUAUUGAAAAAAUUGACUAAUGUGAACGAUAACCUUUCCAAAUAUUCCCAUAUUAAUAAAAAGGCAAUGGAACAAUAUCACACAUUCACCAAACAACGUGAUGAAUUGAUGGAAAGAAGAAAAGAAUUAGAGAAAUCACGGGAAUCUAUAGAAAACUUGAUUACUAGUUUGGAGACUCAAAAGGAUGAAGCUAUUACUCAAAGUUUCAAACAAGUUGCAAAAAGCUUUCAUGAAAUCUUUGAGAAAUUAGUUCCAGCUGGAGUCGGUAACUUGAUUAUGCAGAAGAAAGAUCAAAGCUUGAAUAGAAAUGAUGAAGAAGAUGAAGACGAAAUUAUGAGAAGUUCCGACGAACACAGUAUAGAUGAAGCGCAGAAUAUUGAUAACUAUGUUGGUGUUUCUAUUUCCGCCUCAUUUAACUCCAAGAAUGAUGAGCAACAAAGAAUUGAGCAGUUCUCUGGUGGUCAAAAAUCGCUAUGCGCUAUAGCGCUUAUUUUAGCCAUUCAAAAAUGUGAUCCCGCUCCAUUCUAUUUAUUUGAUGAAAUUGAUGCAAAUUUGGAUACGCAAUAUAGAACUGCAGUUGCAGCUAUGAUCAACUCUUUAUCUAACAAGGCACAAUUCAUUUGUACUACAUUCAGGCCAGAAAUGUUACAGGUGGCCGAUAAAUUCUACGGUGUAAUGUUUAGCAACAAAGUUAGUACCGUUUCUGAGAUAAAUAGAGAGGAGGCUAUGUCGUUUGUUGAAGGCCAGCAACAGCACUAA